GGACAUCUCACAGGGGUAUAAAGAAGUUUCUGCUUCCAUUCUGGGCUACACUUUGAAGGCUGCAGAGAAGAUCUCAAGAUGAAAACUCUGCUGCUGGCCUUGGCGGUGGUGGCCUUCGUGUGCCCGGACUCAGUCAACCCCGUGGUGUGUCUCCAAUGCAAUUCAAAGACUUACUGGAAGUGUUUGUCCCCUAAGAAUUGUCCAGCUGGGGAGAACAUCUGCUAUUUUUUGCGGAAAUAUGAUGGCACAUCACUAACGGAUUGGGUCAAGGGAUGUGCAAAAAAGUGUCCUAUCCCGAAAGCUGGUGAGACUGUGAAGUGUUGCAUGAAGAAAGGGUGCCUCUAUAGAAGCUUUGAAGUGGAAUGAUUAUUAGAUAUACUUGAAUAGUAUUAUUACAGUUAUUACUAUUCUCUAUACGGUAAAUUGAUCAUUAUUAUUGCUAUUAUUAUUUUAAGUACUAUUAUUCUCAGAAUUAUUAUUAAUACUUUGUAAAACUAAAAUGACUCAGACUGUUCAUUGUUCACCAAGCACCUAUGUGUACUUAAAAAAAAAUCUAUAAAUAAACAUUUUUUUAAAAGUG